CUUCAAACUCGCCUGUGUUCUCAUCAAUAUCAGGAUCAAGAUUUUGUUCUCUCAUUGUCUCUUGCUGUAACUACUUUUCCACUCAAGAUACUACAAGCACAUCAACUAUUCAAGAUGUCGACCCCUGCUAUCCAAGGUCUCUCGUCUGUGGGCUCGUCUGUCGGUGCAUACUCCAGACAGCAGCUGGCCACUUUGAGAAACAGAUUCUUGACUACAGAGAAGCGCAGGAGGAGGGCACAGCUCAUCUCGACCUCGUUUAGCGUUCACAAGCCGGUCUGGAUUGCUGCAGGGGGCGCAGCCUACACGACGAUGGGCGCGGUUUAUCUGACGCUACGCUACAUGCGUCGCUUGAAAUAAAUCCCCCCCUCUCCGUGAGCGAGCGAGUCUGGCUACCGCAAGCUAUGCAACUGGAAUAGAGGAGGGGGAUUUGUCUGAGACAGCGAUCUACAUCCUCAUUAUUAUUUACCGACCAUUCAUUUCACAUCAUUUUCUUUUUCCAUUUUUUUUUGGGGGGGG